GACCAAGCGGGAACUGGCGACCGAGUGCGUAAACCUGUCGACGAACAAGUACGUCAACACAUGCGUCCCCGAUGCGUUGGCCAAGCACGGCUACCCCAUCGACGUCCGCCAGUCUGGCCCAUUCACUGUGGUGGAGGCCUGCGCUUGGUUGCAGCAGCGGGGGAAGAUCCUAGCCCAGGUCCCCGCAGCCGCCACGUGGUCUCCCGGCGACUACCCACAGAUAUCUGGGCCACACUGCACAGCCUUUCGCACGCGGUCCCAUAUUUCAAGAAGGGCCCGGCCGCGCUGCGCGCCGCGCUGUGACGGGGUCUGGUACAAGAUCGUCGAUGGAAUCCUGGGGGCCUCUGGCACGUUCUCCAUGAACCUCGCUGCUGGCGGCGAGGACGAUAACACAGAUGACAUCAUACUAUCGGACAAUAUUAGGCCGAACGGCCCUGUCCUGGAUUUUGGUCCAGAUACAGAGUUUCAGCGAUGCGCUGCGCGCCUCGCAGACAACGCGCCUCUGAAGGUCCCCAGUGACGGUCUAUGCUUGUACCACGUCGUGGCAGCUGCAGCAGUCGGGCCUGCCGAGUGGAAGCCCCUGCCCCUGGAAACCAAGAUCCUUGUCGCUCGUAGGAUCAAGGGGUGCAUUGUCGCCGUUGCCAGGGCCAGCGGCGACGCAGCAACUGCAAGCCGUUUGGAAGAAGGGGACGGCGCGGAGAACUGCCCUGGAGUGCCGGACCUGAAGUAUUUCACCAAGUACAUUGGUGGAGCAAUACACGUAUACGACGAAAAAUAUGAGACCAUAAACCAUGAGUUCCGGACAGAGUUUCCCGCAGACGACGGGAACAAGGAUCCCAUGAUUAUUGUUUGGCAUUGCUCCACUCGCGACGGCGCGGGCGCGGAAUGCCGCGAGCACUUCGAGCUGUUCCAGACUUACGUCCGCGUCCGUGAGAGGAAGGCCGCGCCUGAAGCCGUGCUCAGGCGCGCGGAGCUGCCAGGGGCCAGCGAGUCGCAAUCUGCGUUCGCGUCCCUAUGGCAGGGCGUCGGCAGCGGACUGACCAAGCCAAAGGACGCGAAGAAGCUCGAGGAGCCGACGGUGGGGAGCAUCUUGGACGAGGCGAGAACCCUGGGCGAAAAACUGCAGGGAGACGAGCGAACCCAACAUUGGAGCGACCGCAAGCGUCGUCUCGCCAUGGCAGCGCUCAGCAUCUACAGCCUGCGCCCCACGGACUCUUCAAUCCGAGACCACGUCAACCUGAUGUGGAUCAUAUUCGGCGGUCGCCGUCUCCGCGCGCACCACUCCCAAUCGUAUUAUUACAACGAGCGCUUGGGUAGCAUGGAGGCUUAUCAAGGCUUGCUCCCCGACUCCUUCCACAUAUACAUCCGCGUACGCAUGCUGGAGCUGGAGGGUAUGUUCCGCGAGUUCGGCACCCCUGUGAGGCAGCGGGGCGAAGACGUUCUCGGACAUAUUAUUGAGAUUUUCAAGAAAACCGAGAGCGAGAGCGAUCUUUUCCAAACUUUCGUGGCGAACGCUUGCCAUAACAAGGGGAACAGGGCCUCGGCGCAGGCGCUGAAGGGAUCUGGCAAAGGGGGCGCGCAGAGGACCCCGAAAGGCAACGAUGGCAAAGGCAAGCUUGAAGCGGUAGAUGAUCUUGCCGGUGCACUUGCUGGUCUCAUCGACGAGGGAGAGGGUGGCGAAGACACGUCUGGUCAUAAUCUGUGGCACAUAGCAACGGCAAAGAAUAUUUCCAGAUUGGCGGGGCGCAUGCAAAUGGAGCUGAGCUCCAAGUCGUUAUGGCCCCACUUCGGCGAAUGGUGUGACACUCCCGAACCUAGGGCCAAGGGGUUCGCUUUCAAAGACUGCUGCGUCCUCUUCGACACCCCCGCUGGGAACGUGGAGUACCUCGACUCACGGAGCCCCGACCACAACAUAUACUACGGCACGCCGUGGAACGUCAACCAGAUUGCGUUUUUCCUCGGGCCUGGAGGCGUGGGGCUAUCUCUGUUCACGGCGCACCUGGCAGCCACGCACCCGCUGGGCCACCGAUACUACGACCCGAACGUCUUCUACAGCGACGACGAAUUGCGGAAGACCGUGGAACUGCCCAUGGGGGGUUUCAUCUUCUCGGGGCAAGAGAAACCCACGGGCAACAAGCAGUCCUUGCGAGAUGAUCUCAUCAAAAAGUUUGUGACGGGUGAAGGGAUUUCAGGGCGGCUGCCGUACGCCAUUAUCACUCGCCUGUGCCACGUUAUAGGCUGGAAGCGCAUCGAGUGCAAUCGGCUGUUCAAGUUCGAUGACACUACCGAGACGAAUUACGAGUCUAUCUUCAGGCGGUGCGCCGUUGUUCGCAUCUACGCAAAGUUAUUCGAGCCUUUGUUCUUGGAGCGCAACCUCGCCGACCACGAUUUGUGCGGAAUCUUCAAGCGAGAAGAAGAUGCCAAAGAUUUCCUGGCGAGUCCUGGAGGGGCAGUUGCUGGACUCAGAAUCCAGCAAGUCUUAUCCGUGAACAAUUCGGAAAAGGAUUGCAGUCGCAUCGUGGAGGAGUACACGACGCGCGGUGGGGACAGUGGAGUAACUGAUAAAUACAUACGCCAAGCUUGCUCUCUUCCUCCGCGGAGUGGCGGCGACAAAACCGGCUCACCAUUGGAGUCGGCCGUGGUCACGGCGCCCCAGGAGAUCGAAGACAACGGCGCCAACGAACUCAAGAAGAUUGCUUGGCAUUACUCCGUGGAAUUCUUCCGCGACAAGAGACUGCCUGGCAAUGCUCAAGCCCUGACGCACGGGUACUUCGUGGCCAUGAGGCUUCCUCCUGGCUUACCUGGUACGUACACGAAAGCCAAGUGCUGGCAAUCCCUUAAGGGGAGUCCACAUGUAAUUUCACCGCGUGCGGAGGGACACUUGCUUCCCCGCAUGCCCCUCGUCAAGGACGCCGACGUGCUGCGCCCGCCCCUGAAGGCCGACGACCCCCUCAGCUCUUUCACCGAGCGGCACGAUGCAACAAAUUUCAAGCGCGUGUUCCACGGGUGCAUUGCGAGGGAGAUGGACCUCGGCCUGCUUAUACAACACCUCGACUCUCUCCCCUCCAAGAGCGGCAAGGCAGGUAGGUUGGCAGCGAAGGGUUCCGACGCCGGCAUGCACAAGCAAACGGUCAAUUACAGGCGAACUCGUAAGUGGAGAUCCAGGAAGCACGCCAGCGGCACGGCGGCACAGCACAUGCAGCGACUCAUGCAGGUGGCGACGCUACCGCAUACUAUCGACGUGGACAUGAAGAACGCGAAGUUCUGCUUAAUUCCUCAGAUUAUCGGGCGCUUGGGUCUCGCGGACAGCGCGACGUGGGCACCAGAGGUAGCCCACCUGAAGGAAUUGCAGUACAACCGCGGCCGCAUUUGCACAGGAUCACUGGGGGUUCCGGAAGUAGUGGGCAGAGAGAUCCUCAAUCAGGUCUUCGAGGGCGGGGAGAUCCCGCCGCGCUUCAGUGGUAAUGAAUACCUGCAGAGACAUAAGCAGGUGGGGAGGUGGUGGCGAAGCCUAGCAGCAACAGCUCUGCCCAGCGUCUUCGAGCAAUUGAAGGGCGACGCCGACGUCGAGAACCCAGACAGGAGAGUGGCUUCUCAUUUGUGGAUGGGGUGCGAGGACUACAUAUUGGAUAAUCUCGUUGAAUACCUUUUACAGUACAACAAGGGCCACAUGUCUUUGCACUACGACGGAGUCCGCGCGGAGCAAGACACGAUGAGCUCUAUCGCGCGCGCAACUUCUCCAGACGAGUACGCCAUCGGCAUUUCCGACGCUGAGGUUUUCUUGAGGGAGCGCGAGCAAUACGCACAGGAUGCGACUGGGUAUCACGUCGAGUUCGCGAUCAAAAACCAUCGAUGCUUCCAGAACUGGGUUUCCAGUGGCCCCGCGGGCGAUGCCCCUCGUUUACACAACAUAUUCUACAAGCUUGGCAACUGCAUUGGGCUUUGUUUGGCGCGCCUCUCCAUCGGCGCUGACGCCGCCCAGGCCUUCCUGGAAUCGUUGGACACGCCGUCGGAGGCCAGCGAGGGCGUGGCGAUGACAAAGUCGCGGUCUUAUCGCAUACGCGCUGAACAUUUUCAUCUGGGUCUGCGCCUCGCCGCGCCAGACGCACUCAGCACUGGGGUGGAGUACCUCGUUCACUGCGAGACGUCGGGAAUGCCUCACUGCAUGGCGACGCAGGUAACUGCGGGCGACGUCGUCAUCACUGAUGCAGACAAGAGCUUCCAGAUGACUCACGACGACUUCAAGGAGCGCAUUGCGGGCAGCCUGGACAGGAAGAUGAUUCUCAUCUUCGAGGUGCACCCCAAUGUCGCCACUCCUCCACGCCAAGUUCGACUGCUCGAUCUUCGCGCAGGGGGCGCGGGCCACCAACCUGACGAGCGCUGUGCCGACGGCGACGCCGCGGCGUCGCAGGGCGCUGCGGCGUGCGAUCUUUCGGAGGAGGGUAAGCCGAUAGAGGCGCGGGUCGAUUGCCCUGACGUGGCCGACGAGAACGACGAGGCAGCGGUGCACGUGCACAAGGCGCUGUCCAAGAUCUUGUCUGAUGAGAUCCGGCAUGUCACCGAACAGUUCCUCUCCAACAGGAAGAUCUCUGCGCGGCCGCCGUGCGCGUGCGCGCGUGAUGCUACCUCUUCGAUGCGAUGCCCGUUGUGUCCGAGGAAGGCCGUUGGCGACAAGAGCCAGAGCACCUUGCGCAAGCGGCUGAAGGACCACCUUGAUAAGCACCACUGGCCCAAGGAGCUGGGCGACCGCAACGCUGACUUGCCCAAGUACGUACCAGGGGGAGCCAGACAGCUAAAGGCCCUCACGGCUUUGUUCGAGGACGACUGCCUGUCAGGCCGCGCCAGGACGUCCUACCUACAGGAUUCAGCCAGCAUCAUCCGCGGAUGCUUUCCUGAGCAUGCGCUGGCAACGCGCACCGACAGGACGACUGACAGAGAUCUCUGUUUCCUAUUGGACAACACUGGGCCGACUUUUUUCUACAACGGAGGUGAAGACAUUCGGCGGGACGCACGGCGGGUGGGAAACGUAUAUUACACGCGGGGCUUCGCGAACUUAUUCUUGGAAUUCUCCUUGACGGAGCAUGGCCGCUUGCGCCCCAUCCGCGACAGGUUGGUCCAGGUGUGCGUCCGCGGUCACAACCCCCUCUGGCAUCUCUUCCCGAGACACCCAAAGACGACUGCAGCAGUACUUGAGGACAUCAUGACGUCCCCGCACGCGCAAGGCACCAAGGAGAGGCUUAUCACGCAAUGUUGCGAGCACAGCGAGUUCACACACAUGUCCAUCGACGCUGCGGUGCGGGUCGCAAUGUCCCUGAAAGGCCAAGCCAACUACAGGGCAAGCCGCGCGAAGAAAGAAGCCGCUGCGCUCCCCGAGGAGGAAGCCAAGCGGUCGGUCCUGACAGCGCGAGGUCGCACGGGUGCAGUGCUCGGGAUGCGGUUAAUCCGAAGUGAGGCGACCAACCAUGUUAGCGACGCUCUGGCCGGCCACUUCCCCCAGGAUUAUCGUCAGCAAGUGGUCGCAAUCUUUUCAGAUGACCCUUCGAAUCUGAUGUUCGCGACCUUGCGGAGGGUGUUCCCUGAGUUAACGUUCCUCUGCCUGGACUCAGUGCACUUGGUGAUCGUGCAUCUCCAGGCGCACUACCGCAAGCGGACAGCUGGUUCGCAGCACCUCAGAAUUAUCAUGCACAAGCUAAACAAGGUGGACACGUCUUUCAACGCAGGGUCUUGGGGGCCGCCGCAUCGCGGUGAUGGGGGCGUAGAGCUGACCCAUCCAGAGGCGCACGCACGGGCCCACGUAGAGUUCGGAACGCUUCCCAUGCCCGAGGCGCAGCGUAUUCACGCCAGCAUCGACCCGAAUAAACCGUAUAUGACGCGCUUCGAGUUCAUCGCAGCCCUCGCAUCUUUGACCGCGUUGUUCUGGGCGGAGGUCGAACGCAAGACCCACGUGAAUUCCCAGACGCCGGCGAAAGUGAUAUGGCGCGCUGCCGCCGCCAGUCGGGCCGAGUGGUAUUUAAACAACCAGAG